GAGUUUUCAGGCUAUUAUCAACUUUAACAUUACUGUUGACAUUAAGGUACACUUUUUCUAUCGCAAUCACAUGUAAAUUUGGUUAUCAGGAUUGGGUUGUGAUUGGGAAUGUCUACACAUGUGAUGUAAAGAACCUUGACAAUCGCGAGAUUUUGGCUAAUGUGACUGAAAUAGAAGGAACUCAUCUUGAUGAAAAAACCAAUAGUGAUGUAAGGAAAAUUAAUAUUAAUCUGCAAAUGUGCCAAUUCCUUCCAUUUGGAUUUGAAAAAUUCUUUCCAAACAUUGAAGGUCUACGAAUUGCUCACUCGAAUCUCGUGUCAUUAACGCAAUCUGAUAUCAGCGUUUUCCCAAAGUUACGCAGUGUUGACAUCUUCAAUAACAACUUAAAAUGGUUGGACGCAGAUGUUUUCGAGAAGAAUCCAGAAAUUGAAUAUUUGUACUUUGGUGAUAAUCAAAUCAAAAGCAUCGGUUAUGAUGCGUUGAAACCUUUGAAAAAGUUAAAACAUGCAGUGUUUCACUAUAACGUUUGUCUCAAGAAAAAUGCAAUCGGAGAAGAAGAGAUUCAAGCGUUGCAAGAAAUCAUGAAUCAGAAUUGUGAUCCGGGUCAUAAAACGAUUGCAACCGAGAAGAAACGGAUAAAUGAAUUAGAGGUGGAAAGAACUUAUCAAAAGCAGAAAAUCAAAGAACUUGAAGAAAUUGUCAAAGUUGAAGAUUCACAAAUAAUGUGGAUGCUUUGGAUCUUCAUUCCACUCCUUGUUUUAGGGAUCUUGGCCGCUGUUUAUUUCUAUAGAAAUCGUUCUCCUUAUCAAACUAAUUCAAUAUUAUUACCGAGAUCAAAUGGAAUUGAUAUUGAACGAUUGGAAAAUGAGACCAAUGAUACAAAUGGUUAUUCAAGUGGUGCAACAAAUCUAAUAUAG